CAGUUUGAACGUUGAAUGGUAGGAAUUAGGAUAGUACGUAGUAGAUGGCCCCUUUCUCUCUCUCUCCUUUUGUGAAGAUGAUUGUUGAAAAUCAUCAAAUGCUUUAUGAAACAGGAUCACAGAUCUGAAACCACACAAAAUGGACGCAGAAGAUCAACCUAUAACCGUCGAUAAUGAUGAUGUUCACGUCACUCCGCCUAAGGAAAUCAACGGCCUAAUCUCAGAAACGGUCAAGGAAGAGGAGGAUCUAGAGAUUGUCAUCGAAGAAGUAGUGGUGGAAGAAAUCAAAUCCUUACUCGAAUCGACCGAUACAGUAAUCGAUGAGCCUGACGAGUAUGUUUCAGAGGUGAACAAUGAAGAACAGAGUUUAGAUGUAGCUCUAGUACCUCUACCAGAUCGCGAUUACUCGGCGGUUACUUCUUCGGAAGUUGAACCAGAGGCGAUACUGCCGCCGCUAGCGAAGGAGGAGGAGGAAGAAGAAGAAAUUGAGGUGUUAUCAGUUAAAGAAGAAUUGGUAGAAGUAGAAGAGAAAUCAACUGAAGCUGAAUUGCCGAUUUCGUCGGACCGCGACGUCGUCGGUGAUUGUGAAUACGAGAAUAUCGUUGAAUCUGUUGAAUAUUCCGGCGGGACUGAGAACGCCGGCGAAGAUCAUCAGCUGAGUGAAGUUGUAACGAGUAACCAAAUUGUGCACCAUAGUUCGUGGAAGGAUUGUUGCGGUUUGUUUGAUGUUCUAAGACGACGUUCCAAUCAAUAAUUUGCAUGUAUUACAUGCAGUAGCAGAUUGAUGGAGUUGGUUUGUUGUCUUUAAAGCAUGAUAAUAAAUAAUAUGGUGGUUGAAGAAUGGUGGUUCAUUUUCAAUUAUUAAAAAAAAGGUGUCAUUUAAAAAUGACAAAGCAAAUUGUGUGAUUGUGUUGUGUUGCUAUUGGUCACUCACUCAAAUAUCAAGCUCCAAACUUUAGUGUUAUUUGAUUGUGCAGAUUGAUAUUUAACUUUGUAUCUGUUUUUAUUUUAUUGUUAAUUGUUAUAUUUAACUUUUGUAAUAUGACAUUGAUUACAUGCUUUUUGAACAAGUUGAGUGUGUCAUUUUAUAUGUUA